AUGUCCGUCGUCCUUCCCGAGUCACAUCCGGAGCAUCCGUUCAACCUCAUCCCGGAGCUCUGCCGCCGGUUUUACGACCUCGGCUGGGCCACCGGCACAGGCGGCGGCAUCUCCAUCAAGAUGGGCGAGAACUACUACAUCGCCCCUAGCGGUGUGCAGAAGGAGCGCAUCAAGCCGAACGAGAUUUUUGUGCUGAACGCCAACCAGGAUGUCGUCGAGAAGCCGCGCACGGAGAAGGAGCUAAGGAUAUCGGAGUGUACACCGCUGUUCUUCAACGCCUACCGCAUGCGCGGCGCCGGGGCGUGCCUGCACACGCACUCCGCCAACUGUGUCCUCAUCAGCCUCCUGUGCGACAACGAGUUCCGCAUCUCCCACAUUGAGAUGAUCAAGGGCAUCAUCAAUAACGAAACAAAGAAGGCGCUGGGCUUUCGCGACACCCUCGUCGUCCCAAUCAUAGAGAAUACCGACUUUGAGAAGGACCUGACGACCUCCAUGGCGGAGUGCAUGGAGAGGUACCCAGAGUCGUGCGCGGUGCUUGUGCGCCGGCAUGGCAUGUAUGUCUGGUCCGACACCUGGCAGAAGGCGAAGGGCGCAGUUGAGUGCAUCGACUACCUGAUGGGCCUGGCCAUCCAGAUGAGGACGCUGGGUCUUGAGUGGGAGCCGAAGGACGUCAAAUAA